AUGAAGCUCACCUACAAGGGCACCUACGUCCUCGCGGCGGCGCUGAACGCGGGCGUGCCCAUUUCGUAUUAUCCCAUGUUCCAGGAGCUGCCGAAGAUUUUGAAGGGCGACGGGUCCAUCUUCGCGGCGCAGGAGGCCGACGGCCACGAGGUCCACGUCGACCGCGUCCUCAACGUCGUCGCGUCGGGCGCCCAGCACCGCCGCUUCUUCGAGCACAUGUGCAACGGGCUGCUGAGCCGCGUCUUCAACGACGAGCCGUUGGAGCAGCAGCCCCGCGCGGUCGCGGACAUGGGCUGCGGCGACGGGCGCUUGUUGCUGACGCUCUACGAAUACGUGCGGGACCAGACGAAGCGCGGCAAGCACCUCGACAAGCACCCGCUCACGCUCAUCGGCGUCGACUUCAACGACGAGUCGCUCGAGGUCACGAAGGCGACGCUCGCGCGCGCGGGCGUGCCCUUCGAGGUCCAGUGGGGCGACAUCGGCGACCCGGCCUUCGUGGUGGAGGCGCUGGAGAAGAAGGGCUACGCGCGCGACUCCGUGCUCCACGUGCGGUCGUUCCUGGACCACGACCGGCCCUACGUCGCGCCGAAACGGGACGCGGACGCGUUCCGCAUGUACACGCGCGGCGUCUACGUGAGGAACGACGGCGACGUCAUCGCGCCCAAGACCAUGCUCCAGUCCCUCGUGGAGCACCUCGAGCGCUGGAGCGACGCGGUCGGGUUCCACGGGCUCUGCGUGCUGGAAGCCGGGCAGCUGCCGCCGCUCGUCGCGGGCUACGAGAUGGAGCGCUGCGUGAGCCUGGCCUUCGACUGCUGCCAGACUUUGAGCCACCAGUACCUCGUGCCGCUGCCCCAGUGGCUCGUCUGCGCGGCGGCCGCGGGCCUGUUCCCGGACGCGCACUCGCUCCGGACGUUCCCGGAGUCC